CUACGUACCUAUAAUAUCGUAAGAGAUUCUUCACGAACACCUAGCUCAUACAGCUUUGCGAUCUGUUAUCUUACCUUUUCACACGCCCUUGUCAGCUUCCGGAAACUAUUGCCAACAUGUAUCACCUAGCAAAGGGUCUCUACCGAUUAGCGACCAGUAAAGAGGAAUACUCCGUCAUCCUCCUAGGCCUCGACAACGCCGGAAAGACCACCUUUCACGAACAAGUCAAGGCUCUCUUCCACCCCGACCAGCCCGAGCCCAAGUUGAGAACGGUUCCUACGGUCGGCCAAAAUGUCUCCACCAUCACCCUUCCCGACAUGUACCUGAAGCUCUGGGACGUCGGCGGCCAGCUCUCCCUUCGCGCCCUGUGGCACUCGUACUACUCGUCCUGCCACGCCAUCAUCUUCAUCAUCGACAGCACCGACAUCGGCGACGGCCAAAUCGAGCGCGAUCAGAACAACGGGCGGCUGGACGAGUGUCGGGCGGUGUUGGAGGAUGUGUUGCAGCACUCGGAGACAGAAGGCGUACCGCUGUUGAUAUUGGCGAACAAGCAGGACCGGGAAGACUGCGUAGAGGUGGUGCGGAUCAAGGAAGGCUUGGUAAAGAAGGUCUUCGAGGGCGAGAAGAGCGCAAGUAUCAGAGACUCGAGGGUGUUGCCGGUGUCGGCACUAACGGGGACGGGCGUGAGGGAGGCGGUGGAGUGGGUUAGGUCAAGGGUAAAGUGGAACAAGGAGUCGAGGCCGCCGGUUAUGCGGUGAGAAGCGGGAGCGGUUGAUGAUGAAAGACCAAUUCAUGACAUAACCCACGUUCGCGACCAAUAUCGACGAACAUCGACAGCGCCGGGGCAGAGGAUUCUAUGUGGGAGCCAAAUCCUCCCUUUGGGUUCGGCAGGCAAUGCUUGGAUCUUGCCUGCCGUCGAGGAUCAAUAUCGCUUCCUGGAAGACUUAAGAACUAGGCCAGGAGCGGUACGUGAUCACGCAGGUUUCUUCCAAAAAGACCUACAACACCCUGCCAUCACGCGAGAUUACCCUGCCAUCAGAUCAAAUCACUUCAGAUUCGGGCAAGAUUGGAUCGUGGGGGGAGUGGCGUAGAAGCAAAUUUAGGGCUCAGGCUUGGUCUAAACUAAAGUUUGGAGCUCAUUGCGUCCAGAGAUAGAGGCUAGGACCCUGUGGUUACCUGGCGCCAAUGCUUUCACCUCAUUCAUCUGGCAGCUUUAGCGGCAGAUGAGGACUUGGGGACUGAGCUGAUGGCGAGAUACACUGUGUAACGUUAGAUGGCAAUUUCGGUCGCCGCUAACGGGAUAACUCCCUUUAGACAUGAGGGAGGAUACGGCACUCGCGGCGCCCCCCAUCAUAAUAAUAGAGCCCAUUCCGCGGAGUGACUUGCCUCUUGGACAAUUCUUGCCGUUCUCUUUUGACUGAGAAAAGUAAAGAGACCAGCUGUAGAGCUGUCCCAUAUCCUCGUCAGGUUUCGCCUUCAACCACACA